AUGAACUCAUAUUUAAAUUAUUCAGAAAUAGCUCGUCUGGAGGACAGCUAUCGCAAACUAGAGUACAAACUAUUGCAAUCUCAUUCGGAAUCUCGUCAAUUUUUUCAAAAAGAUCCAAUAAAAGAUGAUAAUGAUUUAGUGGUUAUAUAUAAUAGAGUACCAAAGACGGGAUCUACAAGUUUUGUAGGUGUAGCUUAUGAUUUAUGUAAAAAAAAUCACUUUAAAGUUUUGCAUAUCAAUAUAACAGCAAACAUGCAUGUGAUGUCGCUAAGUAAUCAAUAUAAAUUCGCUCAAAAUGUAACAAAGUGGGAUGAGAUGAAACCAGCACUAUAUCAUGGACAUAUGGCUUUUCUUAAUUUUGAAAGACUGGGAACUUCAUCAAAGCCAAUAUUUAUAAAUCUUAUAAGGAAACCGCUAGAUAGACUAGUGUCAUAUUACUAUUUUUUAAGACAUGGUGAUAAUUUUCGUCCACAUUUAGUUCGCAAGAAACAUGGAGACAAAAUGACAUUUGAUGAAUGUGUAGAGAAAAGUCAACCGGACUGUGAUCCCAACAAUAUGUGGCUACAAGUACCGUUUUUUUGUGGACAUGCCGCUGAGUGCUGGAAACCCGGCAGUGCAUGGGCUUUGCAACAAGCGAAACAUAAUCUAGUUAAUCACUACUUAGUAGUGGGGGUGACUGAAGAAAUGCUCGAUUUCAUAUCAGUAUUAGAAGCUAGCUUGCCCAGAUUAUUCAAAGGGGCGACAGAUCACUAUCUAAAUAGCAAUAAGUCUCAUUUACGACAAACUAGUUCAAAAAUAGAUCCCUCACAACGCACAAUUGAGAAAAUACAACAAUCAAGUAUAUGGAAAAUGGAAAAUGAGUUGUAUGAGUUUGCAUUAGAGCACUUCAAAUUUGUUAAAAAAAAGAUUCUGCUAAGAGAGAUGAAUAGUGUGGCACAAGUGUUUUUUUAUGAGAAAAUACGACCAAAA